CCCAUGGCGGCGCCAGCCAAUGGCGACCGUGCCUGCGCCCCGGCCCGCUGAGGGCGCUCGGUGCGGGCUUCCGCCCGUCGCGGCGGCCGGAAGGUGAUGUGGCGGAGCGCGGCGCGAUGUCUGCCAUCUUCAACUUCCAGAGUCUGCUGACUGUGAUCCUGCUGCUCAUAUGUACCUGUGCCUACAUCAGAUCCUUGGCUCCCAGCUUGCUGGACAAAAAUAAAACCGGACUGUUGGGGAUAUUCUGGAAAUGCGCCAGGAUUGGUGAGCGGAAGAGCCCCUACGUGGCCGUAUGCUGUGUGGUGAUGGCCUUCAGUAUCUUGUUCAUGCAGUAGCAGCUGGAGAAUGUCCCCGAGUACCCAACAGCAGAUCUUGUGUCAGGAAAGGAUUGGAAGCCUCACCAAGUCUCCUCUCACAUGAUGGAUACCUGUCUCCUGAUGGACACCCCUGCAGAUGGACCAGCAUUAGUGAUCAUAACCCAGAUGAGAUGUGCUUGUUAAUGCCAGGUCAGCACUGACACUCCUGCUGUAACUCAUGGAAGGGUGUCUGGUGCAUGUCUUGAGAUCCAGGGGAGCUUUUUUUUUUUUUUUUUUAACACCAUGCAGUUGAAAAGGCUUGCUGUUUUUAAUUCUUUAAAAUUUCUUGUCCGGUAGACCUGUUGAAUGGAACCUUAAAAUGGUAAAUCAGCCACAGCAAUAAGACCACCCUUUGAAGAAUAAAGAGCGUUUUGACUCAAGGGGAUGUUUAUCAAAGUAUUUUUAGUUCUUGCUGCCUGAACAAUACCUCUCAAUUUGUAAGUGGUGGCUCCACUCUCAUCCUAAAAAUAGGACCUCUGACCUAAGUUACUCUGAGCUAUUUGUUUCUAAAUUUGUAAUUUUUUCAAGUAAUGUAUCAAUAUUUCUGUUGUUCAGAUGAGAUGUGAAAUAAAGGGAGGGACCGUAAUUGUAGUGAUGUCUGAUGAGCUGCUGAGAAGGCAGAGGUGAGGGAUCUGAGACACCUGGACUGCUCUCUCUAAAAUACCACAUGUACUCAUUUUUAGAAGUUUAGGUCUCUCAGGUAUGUCAUUUCCCAGCUUCUUCCAAAAUGCUGAAAAAAGGAUUCAAAAGGCUCUGCUGCUGUUGCGUGUAUGGAAAGGUUUCUAAAUUGGCAGAAUGAACAGUUUGCUGCAGUUAUCCUUAGAUAAGGAAGUUGCAUGGCAUAAUAUAAAGGUUGAAGCAACUAAAUUGCACUCACGAGUAGUAAAGAUUAGAUUACUUUCAAUGAUGCCUGCCAUUAGCACUUCUUAAUUUUGCCCACUUUCAGUAAUCUAGUGACUUCUUCAAUAAUGCCUGACAGGUGUGUGUUAUAGCAGACAAAUGUGUGAUUUCUGGCUGCAUUUCAACUGUGAUACUGUCUGCAUUUGGGAGAGUUGUCUGUUUGCAGUAUUUGUUGUUCUGGAAAGGCUUGUGAUGAGAAGGAACAAAGCUAAAAAGUAAAACACACUCAAAGGUAUGUUAACUCUUGUCAUUCUUACUUGAAAACCUUAUUUUCAUCACAUUAUCCUGCAACUAGGAAAAAAGGCGAUUUUGAGUUAUGACUUUUGUGUUGACUCACAUGUACCUGCGAAUCUAAACCACCAACAGAAGUAGCCAUCCAAAACUUUUCUAAUCUGGUCUCGGGAAAAAUAGAUUUGGGCCAAAUAAAUACCCCUGGCUGUGAAGCAGAGCAGUGCAAAGCUGUAGGACUGUAACCAUGCUGUGCACACAUAGAAGCAUAGGACUGGGCAGGAGAUGUGGGGAGUACAAAAUCUGCUUCUGUAACUCCAUAUGUGGAUGCUGCUCCAAACAGGGCAUCAAAGCAACUCAGGUUUGGAUUUCAAAGGAGCUGUUCCUCAACAGGGGGAAGGGAGAUUCUUAAGGAGUCUUGGGGUUUGACUGUCAUGUGUAUAUGUUUAAAAUAUGCAGAGAAUAAUCUGGUAACUUUUUAUGUUGAGCAGUUAUAUUCUAGUUAUUCUUUUAAUAAAUAAUGGCAUUUUCAUGAUAUUCACACA